AGGUAAAAUCUCUCAACAAACCUGACACUACUCACUCUGAUCAUAUCACCUGCCUCUGCCUCUUUCACAGUCACAACCUAGCAUAUCUCUAGCUCCGUUCGAAAUAAAACAAAUUUCCUUUUUAAUUUGCCGUCACUUUGACCGGCCGAAACAAACACAAAAAACAACAGAAACUCUCUAUCUCCGGCGAAACGACAGCAGGAACAAGAACAGCAACAAAAAACAGUUUUGACUUCUAUUAAUCUCGUGAGUAUCUCAGAUUCUCUCUCCCCUGCCCCCGCCCGCCCGCCCGCCCCGACAUCGUUGUCAGUUCUUAGAAGAUUCAAACGUAAGAAGCGAGAAAGAAAGCCUUGUUCGGGAUUGAUGCGGCAAUAAAACCUUUUCUUUAUUUUUUCUCGGAAAAAAAGACGUUGCUGUUUGGCUACUCGGAACAAAAAAUCAGAUAUUUAUUUAGCUGGCGAGUGAUAGGCCUUGAAAAGAGGCACUGCUCAUUCUGAAUCAGAAAGAAAAGAAGGGGUUCGCUUUUUUUUUUUGAAGCUGAUAAAAAAGGUUAGAUAGCAUUGUCCAAGUAGUAUAUGUUUGAAAACAAUAUUCACAGUAGCUUGAAUAGCUGUACAUCUUCCAUAUCGUACAAUCUAUGUGAAACAUGAGAAUUGAGAGUGAACGUGUUUUUUUUGCAAUGGAGCCAUGAGCCACGAGCCUGAUUCUAGACCUGUUGAAUAUAAUGACAAUGCUCUGGAUUCCUAUGGACUCAAGUCUGGAAAUGGGUCUGUGAAGGAAAUUGAGAAUGGAAAGUUCAGUGAUUUGAAGGGCAUGGAAGGUGAUGCAGAUCGAUUACCGAAUGUAGCACCAGUACCAUCUCCUCAUUCUUCACUGAAAAUGGAACCAUUCGAGGAGUCGGUUUUCUAUAUGGACAAGAGUGUUAUGGUACGUGAGGUGCCAGAGUUAAUAGUUUGUUACAAAGAGAAUACAUACCAUGUCAAGGACAUCUGUGUUGAUGAGGGAGUUCCUUUGCAGGACAAGUUCUUGUUUGACACAGAUGCACACAAGAAGAAUAUGUGUGAAUUCUUACCUUCUGAAAGGGACAUGAACAAUGAGAUGGUCAAAGAAAAGUCUGACCUUGAUAUGAUGAUUCCAGAAAUGCUGAAAUCUUCAUCAGAAAAACAAAAUGUGGAUCUUCAUUUGCCUGUUCCGGAUGUGCUUAUAUCUUCCGAAGAAAAGAGUUCGAAACAUGAUCUGUCCCUUGAUUGUGAUCCCAAACAUUUAAUGCCGACAGAGGAAGUAAUGGAUUUUGGGACAAAGAAGGUUACAGAUGAUGCUUCUGAAGAGAUUAUAUCACUGAGAGAUCUGCUUUCGAUGUCAGAAUUAGGUGCCAAGUUUACCCCAGCCAAUGCUUCCUAUCACAACUUGGAUAAAGUUGAACAACAAUCUCUUCUGUGCCCGAGGGAAAAUGCAAUAUUGGAGACAGAUUCUGCCAGUGUAGAAUCUGAAAAUUGCAGCGAGGAAACAAUCUCGGACAUUGACCUUGAGUCAGCAACCCUGGCAAUCCCUACCCAGGAUCCUGCAUAUCAAGAAGCAGACCAUGGCCACACGGAAGCAGUCUUGGUGAGUCCCACUCUUACUUCUGCAGCAGAAGAAUCGGAUAGCAAGGAAACAAAAUUGGCAAGCCAUGCUUUGGAUUCUUUUUCUGAAGGAUCGACCAGUAGGAUUGAGGAUGAGUUACCUUACAAUAGCAAGACAGAGACACGAAGCACCAGUUUUGACAACGAGUCUUCUGCUCCCGCUGCAAGUGCGAGAGAGUCUCCUCAGAAUGGUGAAUCUCAGUGUCUUGGGACUCGAAUCGUGUCCAGGUUUGAAGAUCCUAAUGCUGAACCGCUUUCAGGUGGUCAACUUCAAUAUGCUGAUGGAGAGUCAAGUUUCUCUUCAUCGGGUCCUUUAUUUGGCCUGACAAGCCACUCGGGCCCUAUUGCAUAUUCUGGUAGUGUCUCUCUUAGAUCGGAUAGCAGCACAACCAGCACCCGCUCUUUUGCCUUCCCCAUAUUACAGUCAGAAUGGAAUAGCAGUCCUGCAAGAAUGGCAAAAGCUGACCGAAGACAUCUCCAGAAACCUAGGAAGUGGAUGCAGGGCCUUCUUUGCUGUAGAUUCUGAAUUCCUCUGUUUUGUCCAUAGAUUGAAGUGAAAAGAUAUAUAUAGACACACACACACACACACCAUUGAAAUUUUUAUUUUAUGGUUUAGUUAGUAGUACAGACAUGCAUCUUUCUCUUUCCUCCUCUGGCUUGGGGUGUGCUUGAAGCAGCUCUAUAUUAUCAGAAGUUCUGAGUUUGGGUUUCCUAUUACAGAUAGAUUGACAAAGGUGGGACUCGAAUAGGAGUUCUCGUCCCUCUUGCUUCUACAUUGGUGAGAUUUAAGGUCCAAGUUUCACCUUUUUCGCA